CCAUCCUGUAAAGUAUUUUUUUGCAUGUGUGGCUCAGAGCAAGGUUUGCCGCCUGCGUUUCCUUUUCAAUAGAAGGCAGGCGAACAAGGUACCUUGAUUGCUCUGCACCAACUAUUCGAUCUUACCCUGUAAACGGCCAUGCGUCCACAAAGAUGCCUUCAGUUGAAGGAAAUGUUCUGGACGAUAUUCAUGGUUGCACAAUGUCUGGGUGCGCUGGCUGACAACAACAAAGUUUUGAAAGUCCCCUACGAAGAUGACCCUGCGCACUACGAUGAACAACAUAUUCGUGAUGUGGUCAAGAUCAACGGCAGAAUUUGGGUUAAGAGUCGUAGUUACAACAUAAUGACCAAAAGACGCUGCUACUCAAUAGAGAGACAAUACGAAUAUGGCUAUCGAGAGUGGGUGUACACAUUUCGUUACAGAGAUCCGUACCGGCCAGACGUACUCACGGCGUUCAAUGCGACCUUACGUAUACGGAGAACUGGUAACCACUCAGUGGAAAAUGCAGCAGUCUACACGUUUAAUAAAGGAUAUCCCGGAUUUACCCACAAGCUUAUGAGCUAUGCGCUUUACUACGGUUGUAUGAUCCUAGUCAUACGUCUUAAGGAUGGCAGGAGAGCUUGUGAACUGUUGCAAACGGACAAAACUGUGGGCACAGGUGUCCCAAGGGUCUGCAAGAGUCUUUACGACCGUGAAUGCUGGGGGGAUAAGACACGACUUUAUAUGGCACUCUGCAAAAAACUGCCAGAUUAUAUCAUACCCCGAUAAUUACUUUUUUAUGCGAACAUUCUUAUAUGAGCCAUUCGGCGAAAAAAAGAACAGUCGCAGAUAAAAUCUGAUUAUGUAUUUUGUAAA